AAAGCGAAGGGCAGGGCAAGCAGUGGCCACACCUCUUCCCUUAUUGCAGCAACUACAUUUAUCGUGCCUUUCAACUGACGUCAUAGCAAAGGUGGCGCUGUUUCCCUAGUCUAGGUUAGCCUAUCGUCACGAAUUCCGAACUUGGUGCUGGAGAGUUUCGAGGAAGGCGCAUGCACGCUCGGUGUGUUUCCUCAAGGAAAGGCGUGCCUGUGGAAAGAAGCCGGGAAGGCGAGGCGGAAGAUGUGGAAACUGGGUCCAGCAACCGAAGGCCGCCCAGGACAGCUGUACCACCUUUUAGUUGGCGUUGAGUAUGUUGUUGGGCGCAAGAAUUGUGGCAUUUUAAUUCAGGAUGAUCAGUCAAUUAGCCGAAGUCAUGCAGUCCUUUCUGUUAGUCAACCUCAAGUGAUGCUUAGCCAGACUUCUUCACUUCCUGUGUUAACUUUAAAAGACUUAUCUAAAUAUGGUACCUUUGUUAAUGAAGAAAAGAUAACAAAUGGUAUUCCUAGAACAUUGAAAUCUGGUGACAGAGUAACUUUUGGAGUCUUUGAAAGCAAGUAUAGGGUAGAAUAUGAACCUUUGGUUGUGUGCUCCUCAUGCUUAGAUGUUUCACAGAAAAGUCUGAUAAAUAAAAAUAUUCAUCAGCUGGGAGGUCAUGUAGUUAAUGAGUGGAAAGAAGAAUGUACUCAUCUUGUUAUGGUCUCAGUCAAAAUCACUGUGAAGACAAUAUGUGCAUUGAUUUGUGGCCGACCAAUUGUGAAGCCAGAAUAUUUUGAUGAACUAGUCAAAGCUGUAGAAGCACAGAAGAAUUUCCCAAUACCUGAAAGCUUUUAUCCUCCCAUCAAUGAGCCAAGUAUCAAAAAUGAGAAGAUUGAUCUGACUAUCUGUCCUAGAAGAAAAACAGUCUUCAGUGGAAUUACAUUUGUGUUUCUAACUGCUAAGCAGCAUGCAAAACUGAGCCCAGCGAUUAAACUUGGAGGAGGAGAAACAAAGCUGAUUAAAGUAGCAGAAGAAGAUGCUGCUGCUUCUUUGACAGCACCUAACAUUUGUGUCGUUGAAAUAGGAUUAUCACAGUCUCAAGCAUCUGUUUCUGGUGUAGAGAGGAAAUGGAAUGAUACAAUCACAGCUGCUUUGGAAAGGAAGAAGUAUAGGACAAUUUCAGAAGCGGAAAUUGGUUUAGCUGUUAUUUUUGCAUCCACAGAAUGCUAUUGUAAUCCUCAAGCUUCACUUGGAACAGGUGUAAAGCCAGCAUCAUCAACAUCAGUUGUUCAGGGACCAAGCCUCUCUCAGAAUGCAGUGGUAGAUGAAACUGCAAUGCCCAGCAUUAUAGGUGAGAUCACUGCAUAUGUAGCUGACACUGAGAUGGACCAGCUGAUGGAUACAUGUAUGGAACAAACAGGAGAGAAAAGAAAUAAAGACCUUCGAGUAAAAGAUCAAGGAAAAUACCAUCCAGAGAAUAUAACUACAGUAAAGGAGACUCCAGCAAGAACUGGCACUGUAAAUGUAAGAGGAGAAUUGCCUAUGUUACGUAGAAAACCCGUGACUGACCAGAAUAGUUCAGCAUCACCUCCUUCUAAAAUUCCAGGGCGUAGCAGGAACAAAGAGACAGAUUCACAGCAGUCAAAUUCAAUUACAAAUUAUUUUCAGGUGGCAUCUAAAAAGAGAAAAAGAAAUGAGGAUGGAGAAAUCUCAAUAGCAAAAUAUGUAAGGAAUGAAAUCAAGCCACCAGAGGGUUGUGGACAUUCUCAACCUGUAACUCGUUCGCUGUGUGAAAACAACCCAAAAAGAUUUCAAGAAGAACACAGUGCUUAUAUAGAUGAGUCAUCAUAUAUAGACACAAGUAGAAAAUCUGUCACAGAGAAUAAAAAGUCAGAAAAGUUUGCUGCUGAAAGUAUUCCUUCUGGACAGUCCAAAUCAAAAAAGAGGAAAGAGAUGGAUGAUUCAGUAGAGGAUGAAGCCUCAUUAGAACUUAUCUUUGCGAGCCAAGAGUUGGAUUGGGAAGAGGAUGUCAGAGAUUUGGCUGAACAAAAAAAUGCCCAGGAUCCAAAAAAGAAAAGGAAAAUGGAAAAUAAAGAAAUGAUUUCAACAAGCACAGAGGCUAAAGGACCUUUGCAAGAAAAAGAACAGAUCAGUCCAGCUUUAAGCCAAAAGGAAGAAACAAAAGAUGAACCAGUAGAAUCUAUAAGGAGUGACUCAAAUAAUCCUGGUAAAUUUGCAGAUGACUGUAAUCUACCCAGCAGACUUUUGCUCACUGAAUUUAGAUCAUUGGUUGUUAGUAAUCCAAAGAAAGAUGUUUAUUGUGCUUCAAAAAAAGAUUAUGGACAUUUGAACAACUUUAAAAGAUUUAAAAAGGUAGCUUAUCCUGGAGCUGGACAACUCCCACACAUUAUUGGGGGAUCGGAUCUGAUAGCUGCUCAUUCUAGAAAGGACUCUGAGAUGGAAGAAUGGCUGAAGCAAGAAAUGGAGGAACAGACUCGCCAUGAGAGAGAGGAAUCACUUGCAGAUGACCUCUUCAGAUAUGAGCCCCGUAUAAAAAGAAGAUAAUUGUGCCUUGAAAUAGAUCUGCAGUGAAGAAAGUAUUUCUUGACCUGCUUGCUGGUGAUAAAUCUGUUUUUCAUUAUGAAGAAAGGACAGUUGGCUGCCUUUUAGCAGCAUUGUUCUGUAUGCAAUUUUCUUUUACAAAAGAAAAUGAGAUUACAUUGCUUUUAAAAGGGAUUUUUUGUUUUAACCCUUUUGUGGUAUAAUUUACAUAUGAUAUGAGUACUGUUGACAUUUUAUAAAAAGAUGACAUGGAUCUUAUCGCAUGGCUUCUAUAAUUUUUCUCUUCUGUAUUGUUUUGGACCUUUCAAAUUAGCUUUUUUUCACUAGAGCUGUAUUGGUCUCUAAAUGCAUGGGAAAUAUUUUCUUGUCUUUGGUUCUCCAGUUUUGAUGCUAAAAAAUCAAAUAACUGUGGAAUCAAGAGAAGCUGAAAGAGAAAGAUAAUUUUAAAAUUGAUCUGUUUGGUGGGCUUCUAAUAUAUUUUUUAAGCAUGCUAGCUCAAGUCCAAAUCUAUCAUAGUUCUGUUUAUGCCUGCAGAAAGUAAUCCCAGAUCUCUUCCUUCCACUGUAUCUUAUUUAUGUUCUUAAUUUAGAAAAGUUCAGCACGUCUGUAUGAGAAAGGUGGUAUAGAUCCUGUGUCUUAUUUGGCUUAAAAAUCUGAAGUAUCAUGUCAAUAGAAUAAACAUCUUUCCAUGCUUCCUGUUGA